AUGGUGAAACCCCAUUUAUUAUCACUCUCCUUGCUAUUCAUCAUUCUAUGCACAAUCAAAUACUCACAACAAACUUUUGAUAAUAACAAUUUCUUAAUGAGCUUCCCACAACCUAAUCAAAUAUUAGAUUACCUUAACAAUACAACAUAUGCUGUUUCGGCAUAUGGGGCUUCGCACAAGCAACUAUGCUUCCACUGCCUUAGUGCAUCGUCGAGAUUUUUGGCCGCACAUAACAUAGCUCGGGCCAAAAAAGGAGAGCCACCGCUCUUUUGGGAUGCUAAGCUUGCUAGGCAUGCACGACGUUGGGCCUCACAAAGGAAAGCCGACUGUGCCCUAAAGCAUUCCUUCCAGGAUGGCGAGUUCACGCUAGGAGAGAACAUAUUUUGGGGUGGUGGCUCUGAUUGGACACCGGCCAACGCCGUUGAAGCAUGGAUGGAAGAGGAAAAGGACUACUCGUACGAGAGUAAUAGUUGCGCCAAUGGCAAAAUGUGUGGCCACUAUACACAAAUUGUGUGGCAAAGUACUAAAAGAGUGGGUUGUGCUAGGGUUAUUUGUGACAAUAAAGAUACAUUUAUGAUUUGUAAUUAUGAUCCUCCGGGUAACUAUAUAGGUGAGAAACCGUAUUGA